AUGACGUUUGUUCGAGACUUGAUGAUCAUUGGCGGUCUGCUCGUAUUUGCAAGCGGUUUGUUCGAUGACAGUUUACUUUUUUUUUUUCGUUUUGCUCCAUCUGAAUCACCCAUCUCCAUGGUUUUUUUUUUUUGCCCUUCAACGCAGUGAAAUCUAUAAUUGUUUGCUUAGUGCAGUUCAUGAGCCAUUGUGUUCCUUUCCCUUUUUGGGGGACGGUUGUUCCUAUGAUAACACGAAAUAACGCAUUUUCCAUUUACACUGUCUGUAUGGGUCUUAUGCGAAAUUACCGGCUCGAUUCAUUACCAUGAACCAUGUAUCAAGCUGCAGUGUAAGGAAAGGUAAAUAGGCCUUUUACAUGUUGUUGCUAAUUAUUCUGAUGUUUCUAUGGAAAAAUUACUUUGCUCAAGUACCUUGAGAGGCUAUUAACACGUGCUUAGAAUACAGAUCAUCUCUGUUCUAUAUUGGUUAUAAAUGGCGAUUGAAUUAUCUCCAUGUAACCCGGCUGGGGAGUUUUCUCAAUGACCCGUGGCGGAUCUUUGGGAAGGGGUCUUUUUAAUGGAAUUAUCCGUCUGUUCACUUACUGUACAAACUCCAUUGAGAUCCUUUUGCAUCUAUACUUGAUAUUUAUGAGUAUCGCAAAACUUUCUUUCAGACUAAUAAUUCGAAUUUUAUCAUAAUGCUGCUCUCCAAAUAUAAUACUAAUUCAGUUUUGAAGAGAACUGUAAGACCAACGAACUUUAGAUAGAGUAUACUUGUACGUAAGAUGUCACCAAACUGUCGUUAUCGUUGGAAUUUAGAUAGAUAUAUGUUGUUUAAAUUCUUAAAGCACAAUCUUCGGAUACUUUACGCUAACGGUUAAAAAAAAAUGUCAUUCACCUUGAAUGACAGAUUAGAUUAGAUUACCACCUGAUAACCGGAGUGACGGUGAGAAAGAGGUCAGUGGUAUGUGAUGUUUGCUCUCUGAGGUCGAGACUUAAUUUCCGUUGUCCGUAUUAGGGAGAGUCAAUGUAAUAGAAGUUUUUUUUGACAGAAAUCCUAUCAGAGUUUUAUCGCAGCACAGUAGACUACCUGCAGUAAAGAGCAGUCCGUAAGGCGGGGUUCGACUGCAUCAUAUUGCAGAUGGCAAUGAUUUUAGCCACUAGUAUAAAUGCUGUUGUAGGGGAAAGCAAUGUUACUAAGGAAACAAGAUGCUGUUAAAAGCAUUAAAUCGAGCCUGCUUGAGGAGUAUAUAAGGAAUAAGAAGGUGACUUUUUCUUGAGAGCGUGUGUGUAGUUAUCACGACCACUGGAGCCAUGAGGUGAGGGGUAAAAGAGCGCCAGUUGCUGACUGCCUUUGCAGUGGUGGGUGAACUGACAGAUGAUAGGAUUAUUGGACCUAAUGACAAAAAUAGAAAUGAGAAUGUACUCAAUUUGAGUAAAAAAGUGAUUAAUGUAAUAAUCAUUCGAAAGGUCCCAUAACUUCAAAAAUUUUGUCCAAUAAAUCUGAUCAUUCUUCUAUUCUUCUACCACUGGUGCGAAAUAUUUCAAUUUUCAGAACAUGAAAUCAGGUGAUUAUGUAUUAUGUAUUAUGGUCUUAGCUCCGAUCAGAUUGGUUAUUUGUAAUAAAGAGUAACAAAUAUUCCGCGCAAAUAAACUAUUCCUAUGAAUACCUUUCCAUAAACCUUCAAGUUCAUACAUUUCAAUUAUUUCAUAUAGACUCUGAAAGUAUCGCACUAAGAUAUGUCUAAGAGUACACAAGUUCCUUGAGGAUAACUCUCACCAUAAAAAUAUCUGGCAUGAGAGUCAAACACUUUAAAACGGCCAUCAUCAGGAGAGUAGACAAUAGCAACAGUAAUGCAAGCAAUUGUAAAAAUGAAUAUGUAUUCCUCUGAUAUCGAUGACUCAAAAGCUCUUUUUAAGCCUACACAGUAAUCAUAUCUUUAAAUGGUAGCCUCAUGAUGGACAAUACUAUUAUACCUUGCACUGUAUUUCAGCUGGUAAAUUUCUUCUGAUACUGUGAGCAUUGCUAGUUGUAACAAACUACUCUAAAGUGGAUUUCCAAUGAGCAUUACUUCUUUUAAGUCACCAAGGUUAUUUAAUAUUCCUUUCAUAUUGUGAUAUAGUAAAGCGCGCACACUCAUCGCAGUAUAUUGUUUCCCUACAUUUUUUCCAACCACAACAACAUCUGCUUGACUAUAUGAUGCUUUUGUUAUUUUACUGGGAUGAACAUGGUGCAUAAAUCCUCCACAUCAUUAGGAAGCUUGUACUAUGUACAUUUGCCUUUACGAGUUACAUUUUGUACUAACUGUAUGGGAAAUUACACGUAAACAAUCUCAAUACUUAAAGAUAUUUUUUUCGAUGUUUGCCUUUCCCUGUAUAAUAGCUAUAUAAAGAUAAAUGUUUGCCCAAAGACUUUCUACAACUCAAUGGUUUUUGGUGCAGCGUUGAUCGUGUAGAAUGCCAUUUCGUCCUCAUUUUUUUUUUUACGGACUUAAUACUGUGAUCAAAGUCUGCGAUAAAUUUUUGACGACAUAGGAAUGUUUUUAGGAAUAUGCCUCCACGCCAAUUUCUUUAUUUUAUUUUUUGUUUUUCUUUCGUGAGGGCCUUUCUGGUUAUUUUUUUACAGGUAUUCUGCUUAGAGCAUGAUCGAAUCGUUGUCACCGCACAUGUUUAUUACUACAAUUAACGACUAUCACAUUAAUAGACCUUAAUUCUUCUGCAUAAUUUAUUUUCUUUAAAACGUCAUUUUGCUGUACACACGGCGCUGAUUUGUCCAAUACAGCACACUUUUGUUGUGUACAUAAUUUGAGUAAUACGUCAGCUUUGUCCGAUCCCAGAUUUUUUGACAGGGCAUGCACAAACUUAGCACAAAAUGCGAACACAAUUUGAACACAAAAGUGGCAAAACCAAUGCAAAUAAUAGCACUAGCAAAAUAGAAGCUGAUAAUGUACUUAAUUGAACAAAAACAUGAUAAUGUCAUCACUAUGAUGAAAGUCACAUAAAUUCGAUGAUUAAGUGUACCUUCACUUUGAUAAGAGCCACUUUUGCAAUCCGGCAACAAGGCGUCCGUAUUGUUUUUGUUUUUGUUUUUUUUUGCUACUUGAUCACGCCGCAUUAUGUCUUUAUCAGCGCCUAAAAAGUUAGGAAAUGGCCUGCAGAUUUAGACUCUCGCCGCCUUCGGCUAGGCUCGAGUAAAAGCAUCUUUUUGUUGAUCCCUUAAAGUAUAUUGCAAUGAAAGGAGGUCAGCUUUAACUUGCGCCUGACUGAAAAUUUAGAUGAAAACAUAUAAAAAAGGAGAAUUUCAAAUCAGAGCAAAGGAGAAAUUGCUUUUUUUACUGUCCUUGUAGGUAAAAAUUUUAUGGUCUACAAUCAAAAAUUAAAUCACACGAACGCAGACAAGGAAUGUCAAUUACGCCAUGGUCUUCUUGCAAAAAUCAGAACCAGCGAGGACCUUCUAUUGGCUAAAAAUAUAUCAAAUACCACCAACGGCAUAAAGCACUGGAUAGGUCUUGGGUAUUCCAGGCAGACGUAAGUAACAAUUGUAAACUCUGUAAUUUUUUUUGAGCAUUUACAUGCAGGUGGUGGAUCUAGUAAUGAUCAGCAAUUCGGAUAUUUUGGGGUUAUUUGUCAUUAUGUUACUGUUGCUGUAGCGUUUUUGGAUUUGUUUUUUCAGAAAAUGGGCCUGGACUGAUAAGAAGGGAAUUACAAAGCUGAAAAAAGUUGACAUGAUAAAGGACUAUCUUGGAAUAGAAAGUCAGAGCAAUGUGAAUAAUUCUGGGCCGUUCUGCUGUAUGGUAACUGAUGAUAAUAGACUAGAGUGUACAAACUGCACUGAGGAGCACGGCUAUAUUUGUGAAGGUUAGACGCAGCUUCUGUCAGGCAGUUUUAUCUAAUCCUAGUUAGAGGUGCCUCAUUUAUGAGUCCACUUUCAACUAGACUAUUGGCUGAAUUUUAUAUCAAGACUCAAAAGAGUACACAACUUAGCUAAGAACCAGUGAUCACGCGCAUUUUUUUUGUACUUUGUUGAGUGAUACUUUUGAAGAGCUAUUAACAGGAUGAAUAUAAUCAAACUUACCCAACUGACUUACCCAAAGUUUGCCAUUUCUCCUACACUUAAUUACCCCAUCUUAAUCGCGUUGAGGCGUAGGCCUUAAAACUUAAGGGGUUACACUGGCUUUGUGCUUUUUCUUCGCUUCUGUUCUGUUUUUUCUCUGUGUGCUUGAAGGGGAUUUAGCAUUACUUAAAUACUUUGACUCUUCCAAUAUAACUAGCAUUUUAAAAAGAGACUUAAUGUGAAAUACUUCACUAAGAGACCUUCUUUCGUUUCCUUCAGUGAAUACUCCACUGAUCGACUUGACUUUUGCUCUCAGUGCUACUUCUCCUUCAUCUAAUAAUACUUUUGAAUUUAUGAAAAGCACAAUCUGCGCCAUUAUCGACCAGUAUGGCAUAAACAGAAUACGCUACAGCAUUUUUGUCUUCGGUUCUGAUGCCAUAAUAAAACUAGGUUUUGUCAACAUGCGAAGCAAAGACACCUUAACCUCACACAUUGAUGAAAUCGAAAAAGCUUAUGGAACUCCACACUUGGUCAAAGCUCUAGAUCAAGUGAAAUCAGGAUUCCAACAGUUUUCUAACGGUUCCAAGGCAAGUCGUGCUCUUGUUGUAAUUCUGGACGACAAGAUGGUCUUCAGUAACGAUGGUUUAAAUAAAGUGUUGAAAGAUUUAGAUAAUGAGCGAGUUUUCAUCGUUGGUGUUGGAGUUGGAAACUUAGUGAACGAGACAGAUUUGACAGCAAUUACGAAAGAUGAAGCACACAUACUAAGAGUUGGCUUAAAUAAAUCGACAAAUGUCCUUGGAGGGGAAAUCAUGGAUGUUAUACAAAGUUACUUAAAAAGUAGGUCUCUCUGCCUUCUCUCAGGAGGUUCUUCUGAGCUGGUUCCUUAUUUGUUCUGACUCUCAGGUGUGUUAAGACUAUCUUUUAUUUCAAAAGUCCGUGGUCUCAUUACCUCAGUUGGUUUAAUUUUCUUACCAUUAGGGUUACUUCUAAAGCAUUUAUGCCCUAAGAUAUUUCAUUUCUUGUUCUUGACCUUGUGCACGGGCUCACCAAAGAGACCCCUCCUUCAUGUAUCUGAGUUUCCAUCCUCGUAAAUCUCAUAUACAUGCUUUGUGAUGUUACUUGAAGUUGAUUUCCAGUAGUUUUGUUUCACGCAGAACAACCUCCGAUACGAUUGCAAAAUUCUAUUCUUUGCUGAAACGUCCUAGAACUCAGAAAAAGGCAACUUAGACUAUUCUAGUAAAACGUGCACCAUGCAAGACGAAAAAAUCUAUUUUAACUUCUUUAGUUGAUAAUUUUACAUUUUUCAAGUUAAAAACAAUUCGUGACAGAUAUUUCAAGGUCAAUUGAUUAGCUUGGUUCUUCUGUCUGUAGUCCUGCAUUAAUUAUAUAUUAAUAUAUAUCAAAAAAGAACAUCGCCAUUCAUCCCAAGCGACGUUUAACACGUUCAUCAUAUCUUCUAGUAUACGCUCCUCAUGAUAAUAGAUAGUUUUACUCUUAAAAUCUUAUCGUCGAUAAUAAUCGUUAUAACAUUAAUUCGUAUCAGAGCCGCAACGUUUUCUGUGCCUCAAUAUUCAAAGUGACAGUGAGCUUCUAUUGUGUCUGUAUGUUUAGAGGAAGUUUUACCGUCAUCUGUAGAGGAAUUAUUGCCUUCUACAAGACAGACACGAGCGACCCCCACUACAUCACUUGCGUCAGAAGUAACAGUAACAACAUCACCGUCAUCUGUAGAGGAAUUAUUGCCUUCUACAAGACAGACACGAGCGACCCCCACUACAUCACUUGCGUCAGAAGUAACAGUAACAACAUCAACUAACAUUGGAAAAACAGAUACCUCAACGAUCAUAGCGUCUAAAACAUCCAGAAUGUCAAAGGAUUUAUCAGCGAGUGUCUCUCCAACGGAGACUGGUGAUAAUCAAGAGAAGGUGAUUAUCACAUUAUAUAGUAUCAGUUCAAAACAGAUUGAUCAGUUUCUACUGAAUAAACUAAACAACCGAUCACCAAACAACCUCUCACUUGAUAGUGAUGGUAGCUUCCGCCUAUAGCUGGCUGCAGUCCUUCCCAGGACUACUUAAACGUGCAUUUUGCUAUCCCACUGUUUCUUCUGAGUUCCAGCCAUUUGCCAUGUAUGUCGUUUUAUGAGGGUCUCGAUGGGGUGAUGGCUUUUAAAGCUAACGGUUGAAAUGUUGGACAUUCUACAGCUUAAGGUCUACCCAAAGAGGUUUUGUAGGGGAGGACAAAUUUUUUACGGUUAACUUUUCUACGACUAACGGUUAAAAUUUGUCAGUUUUUACGCCUAACGGUUAAAUUUUUCGGCUAUUUUACGGCUUGCGGUUAACGCCAUCGAGACCCCAUUUUAUCACUUGAUUUUUACAGUUUACUGCUUAUAACAGAGCACAGAAAAACAAUUCAAUGCAACCUUAUUUCUAGAUUAGACGUCAUUACAACGUAACCUCAUAUACCUGCUUAUUUCUUUUACAUCCAAAUUGACGUUGGAAAUUGAUUAUCUUUGAUAAACAGAAAAGAUGGCCUACAAUUUGAAAUUAUAUUUAUACUGCAAGAAAAACUGUAAGAAAAUGCGUACCAAUACAAAUCAUAUAUACAAUUCACAACUGUAAAAUGUUCCUUUGUUUCUUUAAGAUGGUUGAAAAAUACUUGGAUAAGUUGAAUCAGUUAAACUUAAGUGACGAGAAUUCUCUCCAGGUAGGCUAGGUACUCAGUAUGUUUUUAUCAGCUCAUAUGUAAUUGUAACAUUGCGUAUUGGUAUAUCCCUCAUGAAAUUGUUAUCAUCCUUAUUUUUAUUCUUUUUUUACUGUUACGGAUGAUCAUUUGAUGAGUUUCAUUAUGAUUACGAUCUUUAGGCUGCAGUCAAUGAGACAGAGAAAUUGCUUACAGUUUUCCAAAAAAUCGCAAGUAAAGAACGUUCAGGCGUAGAAGUGAAUUUGUUACUAGCCGCUCAGCACCUUGAAUUGCUGGCUUCACAAUAUGCUGAGAAGCAUAUGUUCAAAAAUGGCGGCUACCACUCAACCACAAUACCCACUAAAGAACACCUAGGUGGGUAAUGCUUUUAUACCUUUUAACAAGUAACAACGCAAUGUAUUAUAGGUCGUAAUUAAAAUAUGAUUAGAUGUAACGAUUGUUUAUUAAAAGGAAAUAAGAACUGCGAGUGGAUCCAAAAAUAGACGGAAUUCGAGCCACAAAUAUCAGAAAUUUUCGUUGAUUUUUCUUCCCGUUCCGCGGACGAUUCGAAAAGCAAAAUGAACUGAGUGAAGCCAAAGAAACGGUAUUAUUGAUCAAGUUUCUGCUGUCUAUCCUGACGUAAAUUUUGUUACAAAUAAAGAUAAUUUAGUUACUUCCUUUGGAAUAAGCCUAAGAAUAAGUUUUAUUAUUGCUUCUCUCCCUUUAAUAGUCAUGGAAGUUCAAACCAUUAAAGCAGGUCAUAAAAAGGAAGUGACGUUUCCUUCUGAGAAAUUUCAAGGUCAACCGUCAAGUGAUAAUAAUUUAUUACGUGAAAGGUUCAUUUUACCACCAAAACUUUUCGAAAAACAAGGUAUGUUAAAAAAAUGCAGUAUGUGUGUUAUGUUGUCAACCAGGCAGCUAAAAAUCUUCAGUCGCACAUUAUUCAUCGUAAUUUAUUGCCUAUAUUGGAUCUGCAGUGAACAUUUUUUUUAAUAUUAUCUAAUUAUAUGCUCUGUGAUCCUUACGGGUGAGUUUUCUUCGGGCCUCAAGGAUAUAAAUGUCAGUACGAAAAUUUGCCUACCUAAAAAAAGUUGGGAGUAGAUGCAAGUGUUGGAAGAGUAUGAACGUGUAUAGUACACUAUAUCCUUCUGAGGAUUUUUUUAAUUUCGCUUGGGAAUUUGUUCAUCAUGUUUUCAACAAUCGUGAACGCUUAAGUGUAUCUUCUUCUCAAUAGAAACUGUGGUACUUGGAAUAGCUUACCAAGACCUGCACAAGCUUCUUCCAGAUGAAUGCCAAUACCUUCUUGAUGGGUAUGUAUUUUAAGACAUACGGAGUAGAAUUAGACAGGAGCUUAUUCAACUUCUAAUACAUUGAAUACUCUACUUUUUUUCUCACUUUUCUAUCUAAAUAUUUAGAUGAGACGAUUAGUAAAUUUUUACAAACGAGCCAGAUUGCUAAAGGAAUCAAAUACAUUUUAAUUGCAGGAAGAAAAUGAUAAAUACUAAACUCCAAACACCAAUCAUAGCGUGUUCUCUCUUACCGGCCCCGCCACCAGUGCUGGCACAGAACAUUACUAUUUCAUUUACUUUACGAAAGGUAAAAGUGUACGUCUCUUACGCUGACGAACUCCUGAAAAAGAUGUUCUUGUUAUAGUCUUUGUAUUUGCUUUUUUUCUUAUUGUUUAGAAUUUCUACAGUUGAAAAGAUAUAUAUGAUUUUCAUCCAGCCAUUUAAAAACGAUAUAAGUUCCAUUUGAAAAGAUCCUUCUGGUUGAUUGAUAUGGGAACAACACGAAAAAUGAUCUGUGGAAACACUAACGAAUGCACGAUGUAGUUAGGGAAACUGUAUAUUCUGAGUCGAUUUUUGCAAUACGUAAUUUUAUGAGUUUUGAGUGUAUUUCAUGUAGACGUUGCAUGUAGACGUUGUAACACUGUUAUUUUUUCUUUUCGUUCCGUCUUUAAAGUUUAUAAAACCCGAAGACAAGCCUUAUUGUGUAUUUUGGGACUUUGCCAUCAGGUAUGUUUUCUUAGCUGUACAUGAGGCUUAAUUCAUUUGACAACUUAUAUUACUUGAAAUACUUUUUUUCCGAAAACGACCAUUUUCUCUAAAAAUGUCGCGACAGUAAAUGAAAGAUAAGCUUCCCGUCCAUAGGAGUCAGGUGAACGGCUCCUGGUCAAGCAAAGGAUGUUCCCUGAUUAAUAGAACAGACACCAAAGUUGUGUGCAGCUGCAAUCAUCUGACGAACUUCGCAAUUCUUAUGCAACUGGGAGAAACCAAGGUGAGUUACAAAGUAAAGUAUAGCUAUCCUGUCUUGUUAUUGAUUUGCAUCCGCAGUACAGUACAUCAGCUACCAUUUGUCACUGUGUGUCGUUUUAUACCUGAAGCUGUUUAAAUAUUUUUAAUUAGAAGUUGUUCAAGUUAAGUACUAGGUAUUUUUGUUUUAGAUUCCUCUCAAACAUCAGCUCGCAUUGCAAGUCAGUACAUUUGUCGGCUGUGGAUUGUCGCUUAUGGGUGAAGUGUUUACCAUCUUAGCAUAUCUGGUUUUUAUGUAAGUACAAACCCUUCUUUUCUAGAGGCGCUUCACCAACCGACGAUGUUGGAGAUUUCUAUGAAUGUGUCCUUUUUUCUUUGCCUAGGAAUCUGAAGCAAGAACAUAUUCAGAUACGAUUCAACCUUGUUGUGGCCAUAGCAGUGGCGCAAAUUCUUUUUCUGGCUGGAAUUGAUGCCACAUCAAAACAGGUAACUGCAAACAUAUCUGGUCAAUCACAUGAACUUUAAUUACAGAUGACAGAGAUACUUCACUUGAUUACUAGAACAUUUGUAAAUAUUAUCAGAGUCAACCGUGAUAAUUUCUCCAGCAGGUCAAAAUGGAAAGGUUAAGGUACACUGUAGAUGUAUGCCCCAAUGAAUCUUGAGUAAACGAAGAGACAAAACAACAAUUCAAACUUAGACCUUAUGGCUAAACUAAUUUAUUUUCUUGUUUACAGGAAGCUUGUAUAUUCGUGGCAGUGUCUAUUCACUAUUUUUAUCUAGCCGGAUUUUCUUGGAUGCUCAUGGAGGGAGCCUACUUGUAUCUGAUGGUGGUUAAAGUAUACAACGCCGUCGUAAGAAUGAAGUUGCUGUAUGUUUUCUCCUGGGGUAGGUAAACCCUAUUAUUGUGCAUGCGCUAUUGGUAUCCCUUUUUGUAUCAUUAUAGAAAAAAAGAAAAAAAAAAAGGUAAAACUAAGGUUAUACCUUGCAUGUAUAAAUCUCGCUUGGCGAUAACUUAAUUGUUAGAGUUUAGGAUCGCAUGUAUGAUGCGAUCUAUUGAUGUCAAAUGUGAAACAAAUGCAAAAGUCGUUUAACUAUAUUUAUGGCGAGAUAUACACGGAGGUAACUCACUGUUUUGUAGGAUUUCCUUUUCUAAUGGUGAUUUCAUCCAUUGCCAUCGCUUCUGGCUCUGCUGAGGGAAUAUCGGGCUACGUACAUGGUGACUUGUAAGUAUUUAAAAGGGUAUAUUUAAGGCUCAAUAUUUUCCUUAUAACGUCAGGGAGUCCUAUAUUCUAUCCUAGCGCUUUAUUAGUGGCAUCACAAAAGGUUGCGGGGGAUUCUUAGUAAUGAAGAGCUUGUAAAGUCUCUUUGUGGUUCGAACUGACGCAGACCGGUAAAUAGCGCUUUAAAAAAAGAAACGAAUUAACAAUCGUGAUCAAAACGAAAUAAAAUUUGAUCGUGUGUUUGUGUGUUUGUUCAAAGAUUAUUAAUUUCUUCCUUUUUUACAGCUGCUGGGUUUCAUUUUCAAAUAGUUUAGUUUGGACCUUUGCCGCCCCAGUCCUCGUGGUUUGCCUGGUGAGAUGGCUUCUGUUAUAGUUUGCUCUACUAUUUAGAAGAAUUUCUCAUCAUUGUGAUUAUGGCAAAAUUAUACACAGCGUUCGUUAAUAUACAAGUGACAUUAAGAUGACUGAGCCUGAAAUAAGCUCCAUUUCAACAAAAUAAUGAAAAUCAAUGCUCUCCAGUUUGUUCUUCUUCUGUUGUAGAAAUCAUUUGUUCAUGUAAUUGUUCAUUUCAUCAGAUAAACUCCUUCAUCCUUUGCCGGGUGGUGUAUGAGAUGACGAGAAUGCACUCUACGAAAGACACCUCUAACGUCAAGUGAGUGUGUGUCUGCACCGUGCUGUCAUUUUCUGGUUUUAUCUCAAAUUGAAUGCUCACUUUCACCCUCAAUAUCUGAUUAUUUCAGACAGGGGUUAAAGGCAUGGGUGGUGCUGUUUCCUCUCCUAGGCCUGACCUGGGUAUUUGGAAUUUUUAGCAUUACAGCUGCCGGUGUGGUGUUCCAGUAUAUCUUCACCAUAUUUAACUCACUUCAGGUAACAAUUUCAAGCUUGAACAACUUUGUAAUGGGAGCCUCUAAACAGUAUUUUAUUUUGCACGACAGUAACAGAAAACGGUCUGGUUUCUUAUUGUAAACUGUUAUAUACACUCUGCGAUUGUUAACAGUAAACAAUAUCACAAGGGCACCGAUUGAUGAUGCAGCUCAGCGAGAUAGACUUCUUACCUUUUUCCAACCAAACACCUCUUCACUUAAGUCCUAUUAUGACUCUAACUCUUUGCCACGCUGUGAUGGUGACUCGAGAUACCUCGCACUACCAAGACAUCAGUUAGUGUUCAGCAAAAGUCUUUUCCAUGACUAUUCUCAUUCACCGUACAAGACUAGUAUCCCAGACUAAUGCAAUCACUCGUCCUUCUUACAUUUCAUACCUUUAGGGAUUCUUCAUUUUCGUCAUUCAUGUCCUGCGAAGCAGUGAUGUACGCGCUGCAUAUCUUCGCAAGAAACAGAAGUGGGACAAUUCUAAGAAUUCAACCUUCCCAAGCUCUCGUUCAGUGGCAGAAAACUCAAACGCUGGUUUGGAAAAGCAUGACAUGAAUAAAAUGCCUCUCAGAAAGGAGAGCCCUGAUCCAACCUUUAGACGACAUCAGGUGUCUCCCAUUAACUCGGACAGAAUAGACACAAGAGAAAGCUGCAUCACUCCUGUUGACGCAAAGUGAAAUAACUUUCAAAGUGAAUUCCUAAAGAAGAAAAGGAUGUUAUUUUAUUAACUUGUGGAGAAAAAAAAAAUUUUUUCACCAUUUUCUGAGUAUAAGUUCAUUACGAAAUGAAAAAGUCACCAGGUACGGAGACCUGAUGAGUUCAAGAUAAAUAUAGUAAUGCAUAUGUCUGGUUCGUUUAAGCUUCUUAUAUAUUAGCUAAGAGGACUCUGAUUAGUAAAACUCAAAUUGUGUCCAAUAAGUUGCAGGUUGACAGUAUAAUAUUUUCUUGGUUUAUUCGCAUUGAAUCUACUUGUAGUUACCAUGAACCUCCCCGAACUGGGAAAUUUGACUGUGUCUGCUCUGGAAGCAAACCGUGAGGUAGAAUGUAUAUCUGGCAUGGUACCGAAAUUUGUCGCUCGAUAAGUAAAGAUGAAAUUUAAGUUUUCCAAUAAUUUUGCAUUUUCCAAAUUAUUUCCAUUUUUAUAUUUCAUAGUUAAGACUAAUAGUUUGCGGUAUGUGAUUCCAAGGAUUGAUCAUAUUUUGGAAAUAUAGCUCAUGUCCGUCCUAAAGAAUGUGUUUUGUUUUUCUUUGUUCUCUCACUAACUGAAAAGAUGUCACUAACACUGACAAUAGACAUUAUCAACUGAGUUGGUAAUGUAAAUUGGCUACUGUAAAGAGUUUCAAAGCUGUCGUUUCGAGCGUUGGCCCUUCAUCAGAGCGAAUGGAGGAAUUGCGGGUUGUGUGUGUGUUUAUAAGUAGAAAAUGGAGCUACGCUAAUAGUGAGAAAAUGGUAACAAGAAAAAAGUUCCUUAUGUUUUUCUCGUUUUUGAAUUAAAUAUGUGGAUGUUGCGAAAAUGAAGAUAGUGCCAGUCUCUAAAUCGCUUUGACGUAAUUUAAAGUUUUAAGAAUAAUAGAUUCAACUGCGUGGUUGUAAAGGUGAAAUUUGAGAUUGAACAGAAUGCAGUCGAUAUUUUCUUUCUGAGUGGUGGUAGCUGCUUUAACGACAGAGACAGGAUAGCCACGUUUAUCGCAAAUCUGGCAUAUUGCCUCCGAUUUGUGGAAAAAAUCAGUGCUGUCACUUCAUAAACGAUGAUCAGGUUUUCGACUUUUUUCAACUCAGUUGAUACUACUAAAUUACCCUGUUAUGCUCUCCCACCAACGCAGAACCACAGUUUCUUUAGAAAGUUCCUUUGCAGGACUAUAUCCAUACCAAGACAACAACGUUAUACCUGGGAAGCUUUGAAUGUCCUUGAUAGAAACAUGCACUGGAAUAAUGAUUAAAAAAGAAAAUGAUUAUUUAAAAACACCCACCUAUAGCGGUGCCUCUGUUAUCGUGAGAGCUGAAGUUAGUCUGAACGCGAGUGCUCCUCACAAAUGUAAGCUAAAGCACUCGUCAGAAAGCCGGUUAUUCUCUAUAAUGACUUUGUACCUGCUUUAGGGUAGCACGGAUACAUUUAUUGAAUGAAAGACAAAGCUAGGUCCUGAAUAUUUUUAAAGUGUCAUUCUGGGUUGGUACUUACCUUUCUAAAAGAUUUUGGCCUUGCAGUUUGACGUGGGUUCCUCUUGCUUUUGCCAGCAUUGAGUCUCCUGGGAGGAAGAGAACCUUAAACCUCCGCAGAUACAGAAGUUAUACUGGCGAGACAAGCGGGGUAAUAGAUUCAUGAUGCGACUAGCGUUCCGAGCGUUAAGAGGAGCUGCAGGUUCGUCAGCGUCCUAUGUGUAAAUGUAUAAAGAAAAAUGGUUAACUUUACGUAGUCGUAGCUCAUCUUCCUUUUCAUAAAGGACGUUUGUCAUUGGAGAUUCCUGUUGGAUGUAUCAAUACAGCAGCUCGUUGUUCCUAAACGUAAAUCUGUUUAUUUGGCAUUCUCUUUGAUAUCUAUGUUAGAUAAUGAACAACCGCGAAAAAAUUAAGUUCCAUAAUUUUAUCCUUUUAUUUAUCCUUGUAACUUUGUCCACUUUAUUUUUGUUAUAAAGACAGAAGAGAAAAGUAAUUUCAAGAGCUUCAAAUUGGUGCUCUGUAUUUCCACCAAAUGAAAACCAUUGUUUGUGGCUCUUUAAUCUUAAUCUAUUCUUCGCUUUAUAAAAUUUUACUUUGGUUCAUUUGUUUACUCUAAAUCACAUUGACGUAAGGCGACUGCUUUGCAUUACAAUAUCACUUAAUCCGCAGCUGCAUCUUUAUCCAAAGCAACUUUAUUUUAGCAAGAAUAUCUCUCCCUAGGAAAAUUUCCUUCAUUGCCCAAACUGACCCAAUUUUUUAAUAUCGAAUAACACCGCGAUGUAUUGAUGGGAAGUUCGAUAUGCACACUACAACAGCAGCCUAAAGGCUAAAAUCAUACACAUUGCCUCUCGCAAUAGCCACCCUUAAGGAUUGAGGGCAUAUCUUUUGCUGACGCAUGGUGAUGAAUACGUUGAUAGAGUGUUGUGUUAAGAGUUGCAUCUCAAAACUCUCACAGAACCUAAAAAUUAGAUCUUAACUUCCGCACAAUUGUUAAGUUCACGAAAGCAAUGAAAAACGAAAUUGUUUCAAAAGAGAGCAGUUCCAUGAAGUCAAUACUCUUAAUUGCAUGCAAAAAGAGAUAAUUUUCCAACUAAAAGAUUCUUUAGCUUAAAAAGGAAAUGGAUAUGCAUAUAGCUAUUAUCCUGUUAGUGAUUCACCCUAUUUUGAAAAAUUUCUAGCCUGUCAAUUAUUCAAACAAGGUGUUUCUUUGUUACUAUUGCAUUCGAAAGUUAAGUGGAUCUUGCAAAGCACGUAUUUCUUACAUGACUGAGAAAACGCACGUUGGAAAAGCUACAGAGUGUUAAUGUACCAAAAUUCGCCGACGAAGCUAUAGAAAGUUGAGUUAUUUAAAAAGGAAUAGUGCAUAAAGCCACAUACUGACCGCGAUUUAAAACUUGGUUUUGAAUCUUAAUCAGGGAAAAUUAUUUUAUGGCAGGUUCGUAGUUCUUAUUCACUUUUAUAUUUUGCAUGGUGUUAAUAACAAUAACCUUCCCUCUUUCAAUCUUCUAUUGUGCUCCGAAGGAAUUUUAGAAUUUAUUUCUAUGAGCACAUUCUUUAAUUUUCAAAUUUUUUUUUGUAUCUCAACUUUUCAAAAGAUUUAUGGUAACGUCAAGUGACAUAUAAUAUUAACUGGAACAUUUGUUUUAAAGCAAGAUUUGGUUAUACUAAUGAUUGAUUGCAAGUAUGAUUGCUAAAUUUGUCUCGGAGGAGCUCUCGGGUAAGUAUCAUAAUUUUUUUAUGCAGAAGAAACUUCCGUCGUGAAGACUCCAGAAUUAACUGACCACAUCAAACGCUUUUUUUGUUCAGUGAAUAUUUGUUUCAUUUACGUCACGUCGAUUUGAGAUCUCUUCUCAUCUACCGUGAAUGUUUCAUUUUUUUUUACAUUUACGUUAUUUUUUUUUUUAGUUGAGGAUUAAUUUUGUUCCUUCUGUAACAAAUGGUGUAAAAUAUUGAGGCAGGGAAACUGAACUCGUAUUCCUACAUCCUCUUAUUUCACUAAGGAAGAAAAAGGAAGGCAUAUGAAUUAUUUUCCAUACAAUUUGAUAUUCCAUUCGAUAGUCAAUAAAUGUGCAGGUGAAAAAAACAUAGUCAUCAUCGACUACAAUUGCAUCUCUGAACAAACAAAAGAUCUCAAUAGCUCAUAAUCAUGGGACGUCAGUAAAAGCAGGAUAUAAAUUUAUUUACAUAACUAGCAGAAAACAUCUCUUCUUUCAAACAGGCGGCACGGAAAUUGAGCGGUUCUUCUGAUGCUGUUUGGCUAACAGCUCUAGGAAACAGAUCAGACGAAACGAUUUUCCAAAGGAAGGUUCAGCUAGCUAAGAGAUUGCAAGCUACAACACCGCCGUGUUUAAUUUAGAAAAUGAAUUUUUAUUUCCAUGUCAACCCGAUCAACUUUCAAAUUCUACUUCAGAUCGUCGUCUUCCUUGGCGGUAAGUAACAACUUUUGUUGGUUUCAUGACGAUAAGUGGAAUUCUUUAUUCUUUUCAGUUUAUAACUUGACUUGUAAAAGUUUUAUUCCUGUCUUUUAUUGUGCGGUAUGUUAAUAUAAACUAAUAAUGAUGCCCCCCUCGUGGCGUCAACCUAUCCUUUAAACAUAUUUAGUUAGAAGUUUCUGUUUUUUUUGCUUUGAAGCUCUUUUAGGAUCAUUAUUUUUCUAUCUUAUUCAUAUUGUUUUCUUUUUUCCAUUUUCAAAACAAAAAAAAAAAGAAAGCGUCUGUCUUUCCCCUAAUAGUCUGCGACUAAAGCCGUUUUCUUAAUCGAAAUAGACGAGCACGGAAGUCACAUUCACGUCGUCAUCUUACAUUGUACGUUGCAACUCCCACUGACAUUUCAUCACAAGUUUAAACAUGUUUACAAUUCAAUCGAGGGCUGAAUUGAUCUACAAAGCGUGAAAAGGAUCAAUUUUGGCUGAGCCUUUUACUCAUAAACUUACCAUAUGACAGGCACCUUGACGAUACCAGUCAAAGUAAAAACCUGUUGUGCAAGGUAUGGAGUACAUUUCUGGCGACCAAGUAGAGCUGCUGUGCGUUGAAAAUUGGUUUAUCAAGAAAUAUAAAACUCGAUUUGGUAGAAGCUGAACAUUUAACCGUGCCUCGAGAUGAGCGUUCAUUUAAUAAUCAGAAAAGUUUCGAAAUUUUCGCAUUUGGCUUGUAAUUAAGCGUUCAAUUUCUUUACAGCCCUAAACAAAAUAAAAUCGGCUUGGAUAUGAGUUUGCACUGAAAGUGUUGAUUAUGACUAGAGUAUUUGUACAAAUUUGUACAUAAUACUUAAGAGCGACAGAAAUGCAGUACCCCUACACGCUUCCGUUUUUUUUUUUUUUGUCGUUGUUGUUCGCAAAUAAUCUUGAAAGAUGACAAAUCGCAUGUCCGCCAUAAGGAAGAAAGAGAUGAUCCUGAGGGUAUAUAAAUAUUUGAAAUUUAACGUUUUAAGAAUAAAUCAUAUAUUCCACCCACGUGCAGCAGGCUAUUAAGAUUUUUUAUCCUUGAAGUGCGCAUCAAAGUUAUGUUACUAGGUUACGUUCAAUUUAAAAUGUAUAUUGCUUUCCAUUCUGUUCCAUGAAAGAUUUUGAUGUAUUUUUGAGUACGGAAACUCACGUUAAAGUUGGAAACUUUUCAACCAUGAUGCGGGUUGCUACAAAUUUUAAGGCUUCAUUGUGCACCGGUCGAUUGACUGUAAGUAAGUAGUUGAAUGAUUUGUACGUUGGGUAACAUAAUAAGCUGCAAUAUUUAAUAUUUAAUUUCCUAUUAGAUCUUUGCCAGUGUUCCACUCUCACAUACCGCCCUAGUUCCAAUCGAUGCAAGGGAAAGGAGCUAGGAGAGAAAAACCAUUGCAAGUGCAACGAAAACGAAAGACUGGGAAGAGUAAAAGGCUUGGCUAAUCUUCAGGAAGUCAAGAAUUCUAUCAAUGAUAGCGACUCAUACUGGAUAGGACUAAGGUAAUGUAGCAAUGGGAAAUGAGGAUUUUAUCGUUGUUGUGAUUCUGACACAAAGAAGAGAGCAAAGUGAUAACAGAAAGCACGUGAAUUUUGAAUUACCGCAUACAGCGGGAAAAAUGGAAAGUCAAUUUUAUGUUACUACUUUGAGUCCGUCACUGGGACAAAAAGGGCCUGAUUGGUGGCUUGUAAAGCUUAGAGCUUUAUGAAACAUUCAAGAGGAUGGAAUUAGGAAUCUGGGUCAAUCAUUUGAACUUUUUGCCGUUUAUGCAGUAAAAGACAAUUACCAAAGGCGAAUAUGUUUAUCUCGUAGCUAUGAAAAAAAUAAAGGUUUCUGUUGGAUAACGGAGAAACACGAUAGAUGUACAGAGCAUCCUGCGGACCAGGACUCGCUGACCAAUAUCAUUGAAGGUGAAAAGAGUGAAUGGAACUCAGGGUGGUACUGCUUUUUGACCCAUAAAGAGAAGCCUAAGAUGCAAGCAAAGAAAUGCAAUGAAAAUAACGAUGAGCGCUUCAUCUGCGAGAAAGGUAACAAGUUAAACUUGUUAUUAAGAAGUGAAGUGAAAGAUUGCUCAGAUGAAACAUUGAAAAUCACACACAGACAUCUUGUUCGGUAAAGUUGUUAAUACGAAGGGUGAUCUUUACCAGAUAUUGAAAACUAGAAUACUCUUAAGUAGUAUAGAUGAAGAGAUAUAACGUUUCUAUUGGUUAGAUCUUAUAAUUAGUUCAUGACAAAUUAAUUAAUAUUUACUGACAAAUUAAUCACAUAUUUUGUACACUACUGCGAAGUACAUCGUGCAAAUUUUUAACUCGUCUCUUUAUUUUCAAACGACUAUUGAAAAUUAGGCCCGGGUUGUUCAAAGCUGGGUCAUAACCCAGGGUAAGUAUGAAAUUUGAUUUCAGGUCUGAAAGCUUUAAAAGAAAAUUCAGUUCAAAUCUUUUUGCUUGUAAUUUGAUCAUUGGAUGUUCUUAAGAGGAUAGGGAAAAUUUUCUCUUAAGGGCUUUUGAACAAAGAAAUAAAGAAAUCUGGAUUAAAAUUUAAACCUGGGUUGGCGUUACUCGGCCUUUGAACAACUAGGCACAGGUCUUCUAUGCGUAACAAAGCUGCCUACCAAUUUUUUCAUAAAUUUCAUAGAAAGUCCGUCGUCCGAGUUAUCACCAAAGCACUCUUCGUCUGAUAAAUCGAUGCGACCCGAAACAAAGACAAACAUAGUGACCGCAACGGAUCCAACAUUCAUCGCAAAGUCUUCAGUGGUCAUGAGCAGCUUGCCAAGUUUAACCACAUCAAGAAUGUCCAUAGAAAUACCAACUACAAUUUAUUUAGCAAACGUGACAACAGUUACACUUGCAGGAGUCGCCUCGCUGUUAUUAUCAAGCACAACAGUUAAUUCAGGUUUCACAAGUAAUAUGAUGAUAACGGAGCCUAUAAUUAUGGCAAACAGCACCAUAAGUGAAGCCUUGAUCACACCUGCAGCUCUAUCUUCACAAAGAGAAGUUCUAACCGACAGAAUCGAACCUUCGGGGGGUAAACUGUCGUCUAGGGAUGAGGUAUUUACGUGCUUACACAUAGAUACGCCUUGCUUUCUUUCGUAUGGCAUAUGCCCGUGUAGCUCCUCAUUCUAUUAAUAAUCAUUGCAUAUACGUGUAGCUUCGCAGUCAGUUUACUUAGAGGUCAGGAGAGCUACCAAAGAGGAUGAGAGGCAGAUUUCGCUCUGUGCCACAGACAUAAACAAUGCAAGAAAACUUAUACUUUUCUAAACAAGCUCUGUCCUUUCUGUUUUAGUUACAGAGGUACCAUUUAGUCAUACGGUCCCUCAACGCAAGCUCCAAAACCUCUUUUCAGGUAAGAUUAAGAGACGACAGUAAGGUUUCAGUAAAGCAUUUGAAGUUGAGAGGUUUUCGUUGUUUUUUUAAUAUGUUCAGAUCGCAAGGAAUGCGACAAGCAGCUUAAUAAGGUCUUUGAAAAAUGACAAGACUGACAAUAACGACAUCAAUAUAUUGUCAGCCAUCCGGCAGUUGGAGACAUUCGCCAUUAGUUAUGGCAGGAUUCAUCUCAAAGUAAACGAGAAAAAACUCAUCUCGAACGAGCUCUUUGGUAAGUAUCUUGAGUUUGAUCAAAUAAAUUGAUACUUCAAUCUCAAUUGGAGGGAAUUCAAGGUUGUUGUUUAAAUUAUCAUUCCUUGUGUUUUUGCAGCAAUGAAGAUUCAUAAAGUGCCAGCGGACAACAAAAAAUCAAUUAUUUUCUCUGUAGCGGAGACGAAAUUCUCUGGAAACGGGGGUAAAGCAAAAAUUUCUCUUCCUCCGGGAUUGUUCAAAGGACAAGGUACAAUCACAAGACGGUGAAGAAUCGAUCAGUUUAAAGGGGCGUUUGUUUUCUCAAAUGCUGAUAUAUUACAUAUGACUUAUUUUUCCUCAGACUCUGUUGUUGUAAGCACUCUUUAUGAUAAUAUCAAACGGUGGAUACCUGCAUCAAAACAUGCUGAGCUGGACGGGUACGUAGGUUUAAAGUGCCCAAGCACACCUUAAAUUUGUCCACUUAUUCAUGUCCAGUCUGUGACUAGGAACAUUGCCUUAUUCUUAUUUGCACUUUCAUUAGUAAGGCGUGUAUUUAUCUGUGCACUCAUUUGCAAAUUUUCAGAAAGUAUUUUUCAAAGCUUAAGCUGAGAAGUCGCGUGAUUGCCGGUGCAGUGUAUCCUGAGCCAUCUGGUAUUCUUGAGGAAAACAUUACGAUCUCAUUCAGUUAUGAUGAGGUAUUUUUUUUCUGUCUAAACAGUGACGUGUUGCUAUAGAGAAUAAUAUAGACGUUUUGAUAUCGUCUCCUCUUUCAACAAACCUAUAUAAGGAAUAAACACUGUAAGCAUUAAGGUUUGAAGUCUCUCUAUUGUAGAAUGUAUGAAAUAAGAAUUUAAAUUUUUCACAUCUAAUGUUUGAAUUGCACUAUCUCGUUAGGAAACACUACAUGCUAAUGUUCCUCACUGUGUUUUCUGGGAUUUUAAUCGCAAGUAAGUUAAGUGAAGGUGAUUUUUGUACAUGCGCAUAGUCUUCUUAAUGUCGGUAUCGACGUAAAUCUCAUUCUUCAUAUGAAGAGCUAGAUCUUAAUUCUCAUAUUUUAAGGAUCAAUAGAGAAAAAAACAAUGGUUACGUUUUUUUCUUGAUUACAUUGGUUUCAAUAAUUUAGAUCGGAGGUGAAUGGUUCCUGGUCUGGUACAGGAUGUUCACUGAUUCAGUCAGAAGACCAACAAGUCACGUGCAGCUGUAAUCAUCUCACAAACUUUGCUGUUCUUAUGCAAGUUGGAGACAAAACGGUUGGUAAAAUCAUGCUUUUCACGUUUUCAAACUUAAAGCAAAAACAUAUAAUUAAGUAUACUGGGAUGUUCCAUAGAUAUGAAAGCAGUUCUGUAAUCUUUCUUUCCGAUUUUUCCAUGACAGAUGUCGACAGACCAUAAAUUGGCAUUGGACGUUAUUACUUACGUCGGUUGUGGCCUGUCACUUGCGGGAGAAUUGUUAACUAUUAUAGCCUACUUGUCCUUAAUGUAAGUGUUUUACGAAUCGUUCAAAUUGUAUUCGGGCUCUGUAUUUAACCCUUUUAAAGCAUCUUGACCCCUUUCUUCUCUUUUCGACAACACACAGGAAUCUAAAGCAGGAGCAAAUUCAAAUUCAUUUCAAUCUUGUGGUUGCUAUAGCGAUAGCACAACUGACAUUCCUCUGUGGAGUAGACUUUUCAGAAUCAAAGGUGAGACAACGAUCGCUCUAAUUUUCUAACACGUUUUUCCUGAGAAAGGGAUGGGUAGUCUUACUCAAAUAUGAACGACUGAGAGACCACACCUAGACACAAUGAUUUCAUUAAAAAAACUGUUAAGCUACUUAAUUAUGAAAUUUUGAUCUCAAUUUUAUUUACUCUCUUUACCCUAGGGAGUGUGCAUCUUCGUAGCGACGUUAAUCCAUUAUUUUUAUCUGGCUGGAUUUGUUUGGAUGUUGUUUGAAGGAAUUUACUUGUAUCUAAUGGUUAUUAAAGUUUUCAAUACCGUUGUUAAGAUGCGCCUGUUUUAUGCCAUUUCCUGGGGUAAGUAUAGUUUGUUUCGUGGAUAUCUUCCUGCUUUCUAGUGAAAGAAAAAACAUUCUAGAGAUUUUAUUGCUCUUUCAUAAGAGGUGAAAAGAGGACACAUUUACAAAUUUAUUUGCAUACCAAGUCUCCCUCAAAACUGUUGGAAUGCAACUCUUCUGUAAAUUUCAGGCUUUCCCCUGUUCAUGGUGGUGUUAUCAUUGCUGGUCGCCUCCGGUCUGGAGGGAGGUAUUAACAGCUAUGUUCAUGGUGAAUUGUAAGUACAAGAUAAAAAUAUGACUAAACCUUCAUUGAAAAAUACUGUGCGAACUUUCACAAGUUCACGCAAACACCAACAUUUUCAUUUAUGGUCUUGCAUCACUGAACGUGAAGACAUCUGAGGAAGUUCCUUCCAGCUGUUAACAAUUUUAGAUCGUUGUAUGACUUCAUGGACUUGAAUGGAGAAUAAAAAUUAACAUCAAUAUAACUCAUGACAACUACAACUUUAAUUCCAGAUUAUGACGAUCGCUUCCUGUGUUAUGUUAAGGAAAAGUCUGCUAGAAAGCUAUAUAUCAUUUUUUUUUUUAGAUACACAGAUUUUCCAUCGUUUUGGUUAAUCAAUAUUAUUGUUUGUAUCCUUUCUUGCAAUUAUAGUUGCUGGGUAUCCUUCAGUAAUAAUCUGAUCUGGACAUUUGUUGCACCUGUUCUUGCUGUUUGCAUGGUACGUUUCAACUUUGCAAUCCGAUUACAACACAAUUUCUCGUAAGGUGCAAACUAUUAAAUAUGUUAAUGACGAACUACUUUCCUUUUCACAGAUUAACUCCGGACUUUUAACUCGAGUUAUCUAUGAGAUCAUUUACAUGCAAGGCGACAGAACGUCUGAGUUCGAGAAAAUCAGGUAAGUUACAGAGACAUAUCUCUGAUGAAAAGAAAGUCACUCAAAGUUUAUUUCUUUUUCAACGCGAGACUGACAGGCGCUCUUCAUUUUCAAUGUUGUGACCGUUAAGCACCUGAAGAGCACUUGAGCUCACCUUGCUGCUCGGUUAAAAAAAAGCCGAAAGUAAUACUCUCGAUUUCUGUCAAGAUAACACCAGCUAAGUUUGAAAUUUUGAAAUUUUGAAUUUUGAAAUUAUUUGGGUAAAACCGGGUAAAACUGGAACUGUAGUAUGGACACCCUACGUUAAGGGGAUUGUCUUUACGUAAACUCUAAAGAGAGUUCAUGGAAGGAGGAUCGAAAUUGUUAGAUUGGUCAGACACAAGAAAAUUAAACUGAUCCAAUGAUACUGAUAUUGAAUCUCAAAUAAAGAAUGUCUGCAACAAGCGUUUCUAUUUGGCACCUAGCUAGUUCAUUCCUUCCCUAGUUGUAGAUAAAGCUAAAAUUUUUAUAUAAACUUAUUUGUUGCUCCAGGCAGGGUUCGAAAGCGAUGUUGGUACUGUUUCCGCUCUUGGGCCUGACAUGGGUGUUUGGAAUUCUAAGCGUAACAGAUACUGGUCUGGUGUUCCAGUAUAUCUUCACCAUACUCAACUCAUUACAGGUCACAGUCCCAUCUCUGACUCUUUCCCAGUCCCCAGAAACUAGAAAUAUUUUGUGGACUCACUCAGUUUCAUUUUAGUUUCAUUAAUGUUUUCAUGAGUUAGUUUAAAAUAGUCCUGUAAGUUUUAAAGGGUAUUGAAACAAAGCAUGCAUCGUAAUGAGGACAAUGGAAAUGCAGUAAGCUUAGACCCUUACGAGUUCCCCUUUCUAUUCGGAGUUUCUUUAAAACUGAUAUCCACGACAAAUAAUAAUUUACUAAAAUGCAGUGCUUUUUCUGUGCAAAGUUGUCAUGCCUUUCACCUCGAACACAUUUCGCAGUGAUCUUCGACUUUCUCUUUGGCAUAGCGUCGAAAGAAGCGGCAGCCAUGGUGCUUCCGCGCUCUUUGGCGCGAAAGUAUGAAUGCUAUAAGUCGUGUAAAUUAUAUGAUGCAUCAGGAGUGCUACUGGUCACUGAUUCCAAAGAUUACAAUGAAAUUACCCGGCUAAGAGUUCUCAAUGAAAAUCCGUAGAUGUGCCACAGCUUUUCAUAGAAUACCUAUUUCCAGCGACCUAGGUUUCAAUUUCUUGAACGGGUUGAGAAACCCGAUGCUUUUAACAUGUCACAUUUCAACAUACACGAUUUUUGAGGAGUUUCUUUUUAAACCUUUCCUUUCCUUCAUUAGGGUUUCUUUAUCUUCCUUCUUCAUGUUUUAAAGAAUGGUGAGGUGCGAGCAGCUUUUCGUAGAAAAAAGAAAACCUGGAUGGAAUUGAGGAACAUUUCAACGUCUCGGGUUUCUUCCCAUAGCAUGACCGUGCCAAAUAAGAAGUUGAGCGAAGAAGAAGCAAAUGAACUGAAAAACAUGGGAAGAGAGUCGAACUCUUCUGUGGUUGGGUACAUCAAUCGAACUAGUGUUAAAAAAGACAGAACGCUAACCCCUGUUCAAAUGUGA